GUUUGGGGCAAAGGCUAAUAAAAUAGCAGCAAGCUAGCAAGCAACCGCGAAAUCAAACCCAAACUCUUUCUUUGCUGAUCCUCCUCUCUUUCUUCUCUUCGCGAAUCCCGAGAAGGACACAAGGACAAACAAGCCUAUCCAGGUUCAUCCUCUCCUUUUGGAUUUCUCAGCUAACAAUAAAGCCUUCUCUCUCUCCUUCUCCUAACGCUCUUAGCCCCGUUUCGUAGCUUUUCCGAUACAGGUACUGGAUCGGAUUCAGUUUUCGUUUCAUUAUUGCAUUCUCGCGUUUCCUUGCGUUUUCUCAGUAACCAAACGGUUCGCAUUUCUCUUCCCUGUGUGAAGAUUCUGUCAUUGUUCUUCGCGCGAUUUGUUUGACCGAUCAAAGGUAGGUUUCAGAAUCGAUUGAUAUUUUUGGGGCUUGGGAUUUUCAAUUAGCAUUCGGAAAUCAGGUUCUGCGGAAAUCGAAUUCGAAUGGCCGCUGCUGCGGCUUGUAAACGGGUCGGGCAAUUAGGAACCAAUUCGGGGUUCGGAUUGUCCGGUUUCGGAGGUCCUGCUGCUUCGAAAGUUACGGUGUCUCCGUCUUUGGAGUACAGGCAUUUGGAUUGCAGACUGACUUCUCAGCUCGUCAAAUCUAAUGGAAAGCGAUUGUUUCUCGUCGACACAUUAGCCUUGGUUAGGAGGUUAGAGGGCCAAGGCGUGCCCUCAAAGCAUGCCGAGGCGAUAACAGCUGCCAUUACUGAAGUUUUGAACGAUAGCUUGGAAAAUGUGUCUAAUUCAUUUGUUUCCAAAGGAGAGAUGCAGAAAACCGAGAUGAUCCAAGAAUCCAAUUUGUCCAAAUUCAAAUCCGAAAUUCAAAGCGCACAGGGACACCAUUUUUCUUUGUUGCAACAUGAGACUGAAAAACUUCGGAAUGAUAUAGAGAAGAUGCGUAGCGAAUUGAGGUAUGAAAUCGACAAAGUUACUGCAGGGCAGCGGUUGGACUUGAAUCUUGAAAGGGGGAGGAUACGGGAAGAGCUAUCAAAUCAGAAUGCAGAAACUAAUAACCUUACUAACAAACUUGAUCGGGAAAUUCAUGCUCUAAGGGCACAGGUGGAAGCAGCAAAAUAUGAUGUCAUAAAAUACUGCAUAGGUACUCUUGUUUCCAUUUCUGCUGUUGGUCUUGCGGUGCUUCGUAUCUUGUUGUAAACGUUUUUUUUUAUAGUUAACGACGACAAAACCCAAUAGGGGAAACUGGGAAAAGGUUCAUUCUUUUCAAGGUGUUGUGUUUUUCUUUUCAUUUUUUUUGGGUUACAAGCUGUUGUAUUUUUAAGAAAUAUGAUAAAGAUGUGAAAGAUUAGGACGUUGUAAGUGGGGCCUAGCCCAAGGAAGAAAUCAAUUACGCAAUCCAAAUAUUCAUCUUAUUAGAAUUCAAUUAA